AUGACAGCUCCAGCCAUCUUGUGGGUCAACUACGACGCCCAAAAUAUGAAGACAUUGCCACACCGACGCCGCGUCUUCUCACACAUCCAGAACAACUAUCGCAGCUGGGAGCGACAGGAGAGAGCCAGGGCCUUGCGUGCCUCUGCCAAGAUCCCAGGAAGGCCCAAGCAGAAGGAUGCAACGUACCGCACUGGCCCGCCCCAUAAUGACGCCUUGGUCGAAGGCAUAUCAAGAACCAAGCAGACUACAGACAGCAGUGACGAGGGUAGCCGUCUCAUGCUUAUGCAAGCUCGACGACGGGGCCAGGCCUUGUCUCCCGUCACGAUUCUCAACAGAGGCAACUCCGACCCGUUUGGAGCCUGCGCAGUCCCCAUUACCGGUGAAGAGAACAGCAUCGUGGCUUUCUACCGAGAUAUCCUUGUGCCUGGGGCGUAUCGGCUUGAUCCCAAGUCCAAAAAUAGUCUGGCAAGUGCUCGUGCCAAAGUAGACUGGGGGGUCUGCUCCGCCGGGUUACGGGAUGAAGGCACCGCUCUGGCUUUCAUUGGUAGCAACGCUUACCUCGUCGCAAUAUGUACCGGAUCCGACACUCCUCGGGGACAGUCCCUGAAAAAGAAAUCUUUGAUCUGUCGUACCAAAAGCACUGCUGCGCUGCGGCAGAAACUGGCCCGCCUUUCCAAAAUCGAUGCAUGGACAUGGUGGCAUAUCUUCAUGAUCUGGGCUGCUGAGAUUGCCGCAGAGAACGUGGCAGCGGCACAGAUGCAUGGCCACAUGCUUAGCAAGUUGGUCGGCGAACAUUUCGAGAAGGGCGGAGGCCUUUUCGACACGUUCGACGAGAUGGGAUUGACCAUGAUCGAGCUUUUAUUUUUCUUCCUGUACGCAGACAUGAACAUGGCCUCACAGCUCCUGGUUCGCCCCGCUUUCGACGUUUACGAGUGGCUGCCGAAGACCUUCCAGCCCUUCCUGCGGGCCAUUGAGCCUAUCCUGGUCCCUGCGCCGUUGGAUUUCUGUGAUCUCGAUCCGACAAUUGACUCGGAAGAGAUGUCGACCUGCAUCAAGGACUGUCGCGAGAUUUUUACACGAUGGCGCCGGAGGUGGUCCAACGGUCUCCCCGCCAAAUCGGCCUCGAUGCACGUUGGCUGGGGCCAGUAUAGAUGGUGCAUUGCUCUGGGGAGGCUGGUGAGCCGUUAUUGCAGAUUUAAGGAGCUCUCGGAAUCCGCCUCAGGGCCGGAACUUGAUUAUAAUUAUGCUCAGCAGUACAUGGCCCUUAGUGCCGUCAAGUGCUCAAGAGCUCUGCACCAGAACCACAUCUGUGGCAAGAAUAUUUGGGCAGGGAACGUACUGGAAACAUUGCGACCUCUGCUUGAAAAGAGCGAGCGGCCCAGAGACAGUCCUGCGUGGCAAAAAUGGAAGAAUGCGAGGCUGUGGGCUUUCUACGUCGGUGCCAGAUAUGAAGGACGCGAGCAGCAGCCGGCUUUGAGCAGCGACUUGUUUGAUGGCUGGUUCCAUGAGCAGUCUGCCCGUCAGGUCCAUGAUGUGGGACUUCUCACCUGGGAUGAUACUGUCCAGAUUCUGAACGCGUUCCUCUUCGACUCCUCCGCUCAACAAGCGCAAAGGUCUUGGUUCCAAGAGACUAUGAAAUUGAAGGCUGCGUCUAUUGCUGAGAUUGGCGUGUCGGAUAAAGUGGUCCUAGGUCGAGCCGAGUAG